UCUUCGUUUCUCCCCCGUCGGAGGCUGUGUGCAAAGGAAAGCACGUUGACGAGCGUUCAUAGGAGAACCUCAUGUUCUGGUAUUAAGCUGCUAGGUGGCUAACAGGCUUUCCAGUUCAGCUUAUGGGCUUUGAGAGGAUUUUCUCUGCCCUGUAAAUGACAUACUGAGCUGGAAAGUCUGUCUGCUUUUCAAGCUUAACGGCUGCCAAACCCAGGGGCGUUCAUCUGGAGUUCAGGUAGCUUUGAUUAUGGCCGAAUAAGCAAAAGGAACUUAGAAACUCUCAAAGCCACGCCGUAUGGCUGUGUCUUUGAACAGCUUCUAAGCAAACGAAUAAAAGGAAAGCUCAUCACACUGCAAACAAGGAUUUCUGUUCCAACAUAACUGCGUUGUAAUGCUGUGAAAACUAAAGAUCUGAUGUAGUGGCACCACAGGGAAGCACCAAGCUGCUAGCCACCAGAGCAUCAAUUGAAAUUCCUAAAAUGUUGUCUUCUAGCUCUCCCCCAGCAUCUGCAAACAAAGGUGCAACCAUAUCUAGUACUAACCUCAAGGAAGCUUCAGAACGUUCUGUUGAAGAUCUGAGGAUGUUCAUGUCAAGAAAAACCAUGGUUGCAUUUCCUCAGCGAGUAAUUCUUUCCUCCCUUGAGGAGGAAAAGCUCACUGCAACAGAAGGAGGCUUGAGAAAAGAAUUAGCUGAGGAAGAAACAUCUUCAUCCAGCUCAGAUUCAGAUUCUAGCUCAGAUUCUGAAGAAGAGAAAGGUGAUGAUAAUGAUCCAGAAGUUGCCAUUAAAACCAGAGUAGAGUUUCCAAGGCGAGAUCCCAUCUUUUCUGAGAACGUAACAGUAAAGGUAUCAAUGCUACCAAAAGAAAACUUGCCCCAGAAACAGCACAAAGAAUAUGUAGCUAAGAAGAAGCCAGGCGGAGCAGAAACUGAUGUCUCCCCUAUCAAGCAGGUCAAGUUUUCCAAAACAUCAAUCAAUCAUAAAACAUUAAAAUCCAAAGCAAGAGACCCUAACAUAAAAUCAACUCCAAAAGAAGCAGUUCAGCAGAAGCUGGUUUUGGAACCCCAUGUGGAUGAAAGUCGAGACCUGACAGAUGUGACUCCUAAAUCUAGUUAUUUGGGGGAAAAGCCCGUUGGAACCCAAGCAGCAGCUACUCAGUUGAAAGCUCUGUCAGUGACUCAGGAAGACAAAAAGCAAAAAUUGAUAUCCAGAGGGAAGGAGAAAAAAGUAAAAGAGGUACAGGAGUCUGAAGCAGAAGAAAUAACUGCUCCAAAACUACAAGAGGAGCCUUCUGAAAGCACAAUGCUGAUGACACGCACUACAGCAAAGGAGGAGAUCAUUCAUGAAGCAGGAGUUCAAGCUGGAGAAAGAAGUACAGUAGAGGAGACCACAACAGCUGCUCAGCCUGCUCCAGAGGAAUUUGAUAAUUCUACCUACCAGAACUUUCAGCAUCAUGAAUAUGGUAUUUAUACCUUUGUGGAUUUUGAUGUGGUUCUCUCAAAAUUCAGGCAGCCUCAACCAUCUUCUGGAAGACCAUCACCAAGGCACUGAAAGAACCACAUUUAAAACAAAUGUACGGGCAGAAUGAUGAAUUGUUCCAUUUGUCAGUGUUGCAUUACCUGCUUUAAAAAUCAAUAAAUGUGUGGUAACUUA